GAUUAAAAUCUAUUACAGAACAUGAUGAUCCUUUUCAACAGAUUGGGAGAGAAUUCUUCAAAGGACAAUAAAAACAGCCAAUAGCUGGGAAGUUGUCUGGCUUUUUUAUUUUUCUCAUAUUUAUAUAAGCAUAUUUAUUCUUGUUAUAUUAUUAAUAUUCUUACAUCAUCUUACAGAACAGGACAAUAGGUGUCCCUGUGGUGUAACUUUUUUUAACUUGAAAGUUUUCACUUUAGUUUAACUAAAGUUUCACUAAGGAAAAGCUGAAAUUUUCCAUGAGGGUAUCUUGUUAAUGCAUCCAGUAAUGGCUAACUUUUGAAAGAAAAAUAUAUUGUUUACAUUUCUCUGAUAUCUGUGGUCAGGAAUAAGUAUAGAAUGUGCUUAAAAAGAAGAAAAGCAGUUGUCAGAUUGUUUUCGUUUAUUUAAUAAGGGGUAUAUGUAAGUACUAUGUAUCUUUUAUCUGAAAGAAUAAGUUGACAUUCAGGUAUGUCCGUAUGCUUUUAAUAUUAAAUUAUUAAGUUCAUACAUUUUCAAAAUACUUGGUAAAACUAACUGUGGUGGCCUUGAACUGAAAAGUAUAUACUUAAUAUCAGGCUUUGAUCUAAUUCGAUAGAAAUUCCAGUUUUAGUUGGAAUUACUUGGCUGGGUGUUUGAGCAGUUACCAUCUGGGGAAUGUUAAUUAGUGCCUACUUCCUCUGUGAGUUCCAGAGUCUAGUGCUCAAGCUUGGAAACCCAGAAAUGUUAUUGGCACUUUGAAAAUAGAUCUAGUACUGUCCAGUGCAGUCGUGUUAACCAAAAACCAGAUUCUCAUUUUCCAUCAUAAGCACAUUAUCUUUAGUAGGAAAUCUACGUGAAAAGCUACAUAAUAAUCAGAAGGUUGCUUGGUGACCAUGGAAUCAGACCAAGGAAAGUUAGAGUUAUUACCUUAAUGACUGGUGUCAUUUAUCUUUAUUGUAUGUACUAAUCUGUCAUCUAGAUUAGAUUCCCUUUUAUUUGUGGCCCAAAAUAUCCUCACCUCUGUAUACUAUUAGAAGACUCAAAUUUGCCUUUGUAAUACUUCCUUUCAGGUGCUACCCUUCCUAGGUUUUUAUGCUCGCCUCUUCCUUUCUUGAUAGCCAACUUUUCAUUGAGUAUUAGGUAUUUGAGACUCAGCCUGGGAGCUUUUCUUAAUAAAAUGACUUAACAUGACUAUACUCUCAUCUACUCUGUUUUAUACUUUAACCUGAGAGCAUCCUUACUUUCUUUUCAAGUUUGGGAAGAAGGGAUGUGGUGUCUUGCUCUUCUCUCUGUGUAUUAUCAACACAUGCAGCAUCUGUUCCACAAAGUGACUGGUGAUGGUGGCACUAUUUCCAAGGGGAAAAUAUGCUCUUUAAAAGCACGAGCUGUCUUGAUUGAUAUGGAAGAAGGGGUAGUGAAUGAAAUUCUGCAAGGACCAUUGAGAGAUGUGUUUGAUAGCAAGCAGCUCAUCACUGAUAUUUCUGGCUCAGGAAAUAACUGGGCUGUGGGUCACAAGGUUUUUGGUAGUCUUUAUCAAGAACAGACUUUAGAGAAACUGAGAAAGUCAGCAGAGCACUGUGAUUGCUUGCAGUGUUUCUUUAUAAUACAUUCCAUGGGAGGAGGAACAGGAUCUGGACUUGGCACAUUUCUUUUAAAGGUGCUUGAAGAUGAAUUCCCAGAAGUGUACAGAUUUGUGACUUCAAUUUAUCCUUCCAGUGAGGAUGAUGUCAUAACCUCACCUUAUAAUAGCAUCUUGGCAAUGAAGGAACUUAAUGAACAUGCAGACUGUGUGUUGCCCAUUGACAAUCAAUCUUUAUUUGACAUCAUUAGCAAAAUUGACUUUGUGGUGAAUUCUGGAAAGUUGGAUACAACUGUGAAGCCAAAGAGUCUGGUUACUUCAAGUGCUGGGGCUUUAAAAAAGCAGCAGAAGAAGCCCUUUGAUGCAAUGAACAACAUUGUGGCAAAUUUGCUGCUCAACCUAACAAGCUCUGCAAGAUUUGAAGGAUCCCUUAAUAUGGACCUUAAUGAAAUCAGCAUGAAUUUAGUUCCUUUUCCUCAACUUCAUUAUCUUGUGUCAAGCCUAACUCCUCUAUAUACACUGGCAGAUGUUAAUAUUCCUCCUCGAAGAUUGGAUCAAAUGUUUUCAGAUGCCUUUAGUAAAGAUCACCAGCUAAUUCGGGCAGACCCCAAACAUAGUCUUUACCUCGCCUGUGCUCUCAUGGUUAGAGGAAAUGUACAGAUUUCAGAUCUUCGCAGAAAUAUUGAAAGGUUAAAACCCUCUCUACAGUUUGUCUCCUGGAAUCAAGAAGGCUGGAAGACCAGCCUGUGUUCAGUACCUCCUGUGGGUCACUCUCAUUCAUUAUUAGCUUUAGCAAAUAACACAUGUGUAAAGCCUACCUUCAUGGAACUGAGAGAGAGGUUCAUGAGGCUCUACAAGAAAAAGGCUCACCUUCAUCACUAUCUACAAGUUGAAGGGAUGGAAGAAAGCUGUUUCACAGAAGCUGUGUCAUCCUUGUCAGCACUCAUACAGGAAUAUAACCAACUGGAUGCCACAAAAAGCAUGCCUGUGCCAGAUAUACCUAGAUUAAGCGUAGCUGUGUAAAAAACAAACACAAAAAAUAUAACUUUUACUUUUUCUUAGUUUCA